AUGUCAGAUACAUGUAUUGUGUGCUUAGGCGACCUUGGCGAAGGCGAUGCCGCUGACGUCGUGCCAAGCCUGGUCACAGCAACCAUCCAGGCGCCCAAGGAGAACACCGCCAUUGAGGCUGUAGAGAUCGCCCAUCUGCUGCCUCGCGGACAUAACCUGCAUCACGAAUGUCUGAAACCCUGGGUUGAACGGGCAAACAGCUGUCCGAUCUGCAGACAGAACUUCAAUGUUGUCGAGCUAACGUCCAAAGUUGGAGGCCCUGCCGUCUCUUCAUAUGUUGUGGAAGACCGAGUUCAGGUUGCCGAUAUCGAUCCGUCUAUGCUUGGAGAUGACUUACUUGAGUACACCGACGAGUUUCAGCCGUGUUCAAUAUGUGGUGACGAUGACAACGAAGCUGUACUGCUGUUAUGUGACGGAUGUGAUGUUGCAAGCCACACCUACUGUCUGGGCCUGGAUUCUGUCCCGUCUGGACCCUGGUUUUGCAUGCAAUGCAGCCUCGUUUCAUCCCCAAUCGUCAAUAAUAUGCCUAUGCGUCUUACCCAUCGACGCACCAGGGCAGACCAACGGAGAUAUGUGGCCAGCAAUCAGGUAAAUGCUCUUCACUGGGCUCGGGUGUGGCAGUCUGUAUGGGACCAGCUUCACCUUGACCUCGAUUUUCCGUUUGACGAUGAAGAAGAUAAUGGAGCCGGCCGCACCCUACUCCAACGAAGACAAGAGGAGACGAAUUUAAGGGAAUUCAGAGCUUGGGAACGAAGGAUCCGGGUUGCUGAACGCCAAGGCGGAUCCAGUAGGCUACGGGAAGCCGUUCCUGCCCUACUGGAAAUGCGCAGAGGCUGGCCAUCGCGACCCCGACCUAGAAUUCAAACCCCUGAACCGGAAUCCAUAGAUGAAAUCAGAGCCUGGAACGCCUUUGAGCGAGCAAAUGCUGUACAGGAAGGGGCGGCAUGCAAUAGACGAAAACGAAAAUCUCCUACCGCCUCUCCAGUAGAGCCUGAGCCGGCCCAGCCAGAAAGAAAGCUCAAACGACCAAGAACUAAACGUCCUGAGGCGCUGGCAGAUAUCCUUGAUCAUGGAGGAGAAUCAUCUAGCCGUGGCGGUGGCCGAUUACCCAAUGGCGAUGACCAGUCACUUAACAGCCAUUCUCCCCCUUCCGGGCCAAGUUUCCUUCAGUCCUUGCUCAGGGAGGUAGAAGAGUCAUCAACACCCAACUUGCAUGCUGGCCCACUUCGAUUGGCCACUUUACCCUAUAAUCCCACGGACAUGAACUCUUCCGGUCCCUCGUCACCCGCCCUCUCCCCCCUAUCCUCUAGCCGUUCUUCUUCUCGUCCAUCAUCUACCACCCCGCCGCCUCGUUCUCUAGACUCCGUUCCAAGCGACUUCAACUUUUCCUCUCCAGAAUUUUCCCCUUCACGCUCUCCAGCUGCCACGCGCAGCUCAUCCUCAGAAGAAAACCUUCGACGUUCUCGAAGACGUAUACCCGGCAGUCGUCAGCCUUGUCAUGAUUUGUCCCCUUCACCUCCCCAAUUGCGAUCCAAUGAAUCAUCGCCGACACGUGGCCUAUCUCUCUCCACUAAAUCCCACCUCCAGAAGAUGGUCAGCUCCGCUCUAAAGCCGUACUAUCGUCGAAAGGAAGUUUCAAAAGAAGAAUACACGGAUAUCAAUCGAAGAAUAUCCCGUCUUCUUUAUGACCAAGUCGAUGCCUCUGGAACCCUUGACUCAGAGACCAAGUCAAAACUCGCUAUCAUUGCCAGCGAAGAAGUCAGCAAAGCAGUUUCUAUACUUCGAGACCUUAGGGUGAACGAAGCUAGCGACAGCAGUGGCGCUGGAUCGGCACUCGCUUCGUCCUGA